UAAACAACAUGCAUGCUUAUACUAUGCCUAAUAUAAUCCUAAUUCUUUUGUUAGCAUCGUCCUCUUUCUUUGAACCCCCAAAUUUGAUCUCUGUUGAGGCUCGAAAAUUAGCCACUUCUAAUAACGUCUUCAAGGUCAAUCUAAUCCAUCGCGAUUCACCACUUUGGCCUUACUACAACUCUUCCAUGACACCACAAGAGCGCCUAAAGAGAGCACCCCUAGGCUAUAUAUCACAUGGCCACAACAUUCAACUGUCCUCAACACAUUAUAACCUAAAUGAUGAAAAAUCGUACACUUUAAUUCCUAAUGGUGGAGGGUACCUCAUGAAAAUCGCCCUUGGUACCCCAAAAGUCGAAUUUUUAGCCUUGGCAGACACUGGUAGUGACCUUAUUUGGGUCCAAUGUCAACCUUGUAACACUUGCAUCCAACAACAAUCUCCACUCUUCGAUCCAUCAAAAUCUUCGUCUUAUCAAUUAAUUACUUGCCCUUCUUCGGAUUGCGCCCAACCAGAUGUUACUACUAGUUGUGCUUCGAAUGAUAAUUAUUACAGCAAUUACGAGUCAUCAUCACUAUGUGCUUAUGAAUAUAGUUACGGUGAUCAUACUCAAACUAACGGCGUCCUAGCCACUGAAACACUUAGCUUAUCCUCUCCCGAUGCUACCUCGCCGAGCAUUUCAUCCACGUCCGUGUUCGGUUGUGGUACGGACAACCAAGGCACUCUUGGCAGCCAAGACGAGGGGAUCGUUGGACUUGGAACAGGCCCAUCUUCCUUGAUCUCACAACUCGGCCCAAAAAUCAACUACAAGUUCUCCUACUGCUUAGCUCCCUUGACAUCCGAGGUCUCAAGCACGCUUACCUUUGGAGCCGAUGUUACGAGCCCUGAAGUAGUGUUAACUCCCUUCCAAAUAGGAGAAUCCUCCACAUUUUACCACCUUACUCUAGGUAGUGAAAAUCCGGUCCAAAUCGCGGUAGACAUGGACGUGAUCAUCGACUCUGGUACCACUCUUACAAUGCUUCCAUAUAACAUCUACCACGACUUAAGGGAGGCUUUGGUGAAUGCCAUUGGACUUAACACGGUACCGAGCCCACUCGAAGAUUUCGACCUCUGUUACAAUACAGGGGAAUCAGGGCAGUUUAGUCCUCCAGACGUUGUAUUCCAAUUUCAAGGGGCUGAUGUCGUGUUAAUGGCGAUCAACACGUUUAGUCAAAUCGAGGAAGAUGUUAGUUGCUUGGCAAUGGUAGCUACAGAAACUUCAGAUAGUAUUCCAAUAUUUGGGAACAUUGCUCAAGUUAAGUUCGAGGUUGGGUACGAUUUACAAGCUAUGCAAGUUUCUUUUGCUCCAGCAGAUUGUUCAAAGUACUAAUUAAUAAUUCAAUUUUUAUAAUUUGUAUGCUUAAUUGAUCUCAUUUAUCUUUCCUCAAAAAAAAAAAAAAAAAAAAAAUUUCAUCUCAUUUAUCCAUUUUUAUA